AUGAUAUGUGAGGAAGAAAUGGAAGAGGAAGUCUUAGAGUCAGGCUCUGGAAUAGAGCAUUCUGGGAAGGAAGAGGUUACUGUGGCUAGGCAGGUGGAAACGUAUGAGAUGUGGUAUGUGUAUAAGGGUCACAGUGCUCAACCUCACCACCUGCCAGCAUGGUGCUGGUUUAGUAGUGUUGAUGUGCAUGGUGUUGCAUUUCUAUUGCGUUUUUGGGGUUUGGAUUUAAAACAACUUAAACAGAGCAUUUAGCCACCUGCAGCAAUGGAAUUAAAUCGUAUUGUAGGAUUUGUGCUUCUAGACUUAUUCAGUAUAUUUUCCAAUAUUUUGCAUUAUCAAUUUUAAUUGUAAUGAAUAUAUACAAUUUUGUCUUGCGUUGUAUGGUAUUGCAUGGUAUUUAUUCACCUAGACCUGCUCUUAUCUCGAUUUAAAUGGUUGCAUUUUUAACUGUAAUUUUCAUGAUUAGUCAGAGAUAAUAUUUUUGAGCAUGAGUUUUGGUUUGUGUGUGAUAGUUUUAGUCCUUUCCAUUUGAUUGCUUUGUUCUUACCAGAACACUCUGCUUUCUUGGUUGUCAUAAUCAACUCUGAUCAUGGUCCCCCUCUCCUCAGACCUGAAAACAUGGUUUCUCUGCCGUCAUCAUGCCUAAGACUCGCCAGUGCACCAGGGCUUCCAUCCACUCAAGCAUCCUGUUCAGAGGCUCAGUUAGAAGACUGUCCAGUGGACAAUAGCAUAUUAUGGGAGAAGCCAAGAAAGGAUGGUCCAGAUCAUAGAUCAAAAGAGGAGAAAGACAUGGUGAGAGGUAUGGCAGAUAUGGUCUCAUCUUGUCCAUGCACUGCCAGCAUUCCGGGAUUUCCGUCUCCACAUCUGUCCAAGGAAGUCAAGUUAGAGAGGGAACCUAACAUGGUAGAUCUAAUGCCAUCCUUCCCAAGAGUGGCUGGCACACUCGGAUUCCCUUCUCUUGAAUGUCAAGUAAAGGAGUGUACAAUCAACAUUGAGGCCAUUUGGGAGAGGCCCCCGAAUGGGGAAAAAAAGUGUGACCUUUAUGUCCACUCCACAUUUGGACAGAUUGAAAGAAGACACAGAGCUAAUAAAACACAUGGUGGCUCUGGUACCAUCAUGUCCUACUGCAGCAAGGAUUCCUGGCUUCCCCUCUGCACCACAUCCCAAAGCUGAGGUAGAUCUAAGUAUGUUGAGUCUUGUGCCCGCUUGCCCCAAAAUGUCCAGUCUCCCUGGUUUUGCAUCCACUGAUGGGGCUACAACAUUAGAGUGGCUUGUUGACCCAAAGCCUAUGUUUGAGCACUUGCAAAAGAAGAAGAAGGAAGAUGAAGAAAGCAUUCUCCUAAAUGGCAAAUCAAAAGAAGAUAUUGGCAAAACGAACGCAAUGGUUGCUUUGGUGCCAUGUUGCACAGAAGCAGCCAGGAUUCCUAGCUUCCGCUCUGCACCACGACCUAAGAGGGAGCUUAAUAGUGUGGAUCUCACACGAUCUUGCCCCAAAAUCUCCAGUCUCCCAGGUUUCCCAUCAACGGCCAAAGUCCAGACAGGAGAUUGGCACGUUGAACAGAAGCCUUUGUUUGAGAAGACACUGAAAGAUAAGACCGUAAUAAUCAAAGAUAGGUUAGAAAAUAUGAAAAAUAUGGUGGCACUGGUGCCAUCUUGCCCAUGUGACAGUCUCACUUCUGGGUUCCCGUCCUUUACAUGA